AUGGGAUCUAAUUUAGUUUUAGGGUGUAUUGACCCCAGUGAACUGGGAAUAACGCUACCACACGAACAUUUAUCGUCAGAUUUCACGUGUGCGUUCUCCCCACCGCAUCCAGGCGAUGAAGACAGGAUCGACCUUCCACCGUCCCUUGAGAACAUGGGCUGGGUUAUGAGAUACCCAUACAGCAACAAACCAAACAUGAUCUUCAACGACGAUGCUACGCAUUCUGCCAUACUUGAGGAAACGAUAACUUUUAAGCGACUCGGUGGAGGGACCAUUGUAGAAAAUACAACUGGCGAUAUGCUUCGCAACGUGGAAUUCAUGAAAAAACUUUCUGAAGAGACGGAUGUUCACAUUGUAGCUGGAACAGGUUUCUACUUGGAAUCAGUUCACCCCAAGGCUAUGGAUACCUUUAAGGUGGAGGAUAUAGUAGAGAUGAUGAAAACGGACUUUCUGGUCGGAUGUGACGGGACAGACAUCAAGUGUGGAGUUAUAGGAGAAAUCGGAUGCUCUUGGCCAUUACAUGUAAAUGAAAAGAAGUGCCUGUUGGCCACGGGGGAGGCUCAGACGGAGCUUGGCUGUCCUGUUAUCAUCCACCCUGGGCGCCAUAGCCAGUCCCCGGCCGAGGUCGUCCGAAUAUUACAGGAGGCCGGAGGAAACGCUGAACAUACCGUGAUGUCACAUCUGGACAGAACUUUCCAUAAUGACGAGGAACUAUUGGAAUUCGCGGGACUAGGAACCUAUCUAGAAUAUGAUCACUUUGGUAUUGAGAUAGCGGACUGGCAGUGCGACCCGACCAUCGACAUGCCAAACGAUGGAGAGAGAAUACGCAGGAUAAAGAAAUUGUUUGCCAAUGGUUUUAACAAGGUGGUGAUCGCACACGACUUGCACGCCAAGCAUAUGCUGCAAAGGUAUGGUGGACACGGGCUGACACAUAUUCUGAAGAACGUUUUACCGCAAAUGAAGCGCCGUGGAAUCAGCAGUGAACAGAUCAACACGAUGCUGGUGGAUAACCCAAGGGAGUGGCUGACAAUGAUAUAGAGUCAAGUCAUAUAAAUACUUACCUAAACCAUUUAACAUAAGGACUAAUAGUGCCUUGUUUCUUGUAUAUGAGCCAAAUUUUAAUGAACAAUUAAAUUUUGACCUUUUCCUGUAUUUUAAUCAGCGAAAACACAAAAACGAACUGUAUGCUCAACUAACGCAAUUUGCAAUGCUUUAUCACGAAAUGUCGCUAAAUAUUGCAUUCGCUGAGUUUUGACUUGUGUUAGAUUUUCAAAUAAAUCAGUUGGCCAUUCACUUACACCAAAGCGUUCUAACUUAUUCAGAUCACAUUAACUGUGAAUUAAUGUAGGACUAGGCCUACUUAAUACUGUUUUCUGGUCACCCCAACGGUAGGCCCCUAUUAUCAAUACGAGAUCUUUAAAAUUGUGAUUGUGUAAAAGGGGGGACAAAGACCAAAAGGGAAAAUGAAAAAAAAUGUGUUCCAUAUUUCUAAGAUUGUGUCAAACUGCAGUGUCAUAUUUUCAAGUGUUUUUCAGUUUAUACACCUGUACCUAUCAUGAUCAUAAGCGAUUAAAUUUUGAGUGCGUGCGUAACGUACCCUACCUGUGUUAGCGUUGCUUUCGGAUACACCGUCGACUGGUAGUAGACCCAAACAAUUUUUUAACAAAUAAUAAACGGUUUUUGUAUCAUUAAGAUAAACUCACAUCUAAGUUUUGAUUUAGUGUUA